UGAGUUUCUAGUUAGGAUCGUUUGUAAAGGCAACUGAUAACUGCGCUCCUGCCCUUUGCGUGGUGGCCGGCAGGUGAGAGGAGGUGCUGCAAGCCUCUCUGGUCGCAGAAUGAAGAGGGUUCUGGUUCUCCUGCUGGCCUUAGCCUUUGGGCAUGCUCUAGAGAGAGGCCGAGACUAUGAGAAGGAUAAAGUUUGCAAUGAACUCGCCAUGCUGGGGAAAGAUGACUUCAGAUCUUUAUCACUAAUCCUAUACAGCAGGAAGUUUCCCAGUAGCACAUUUGAGCAGGUCAACCAGCUUGUGAAGGAAGUUGUCUCCUUGACUGAGGAGUGCUGUGCUGAGGGAGCUGACCCCAACUGCUACGACACCAGGACUUCAGAGCUGUCUGUUAAGUCCUGUGAAAGUGAUGCUCCCUUUCCGGUUCACCCUGGAACUCCUGAGUGUUGUACCAAGGAGGGGCUGGAGCGGAAACUCUGCAUGGCUGCCCUCAGUCACCAGCCGCAGGAAUUUCCCACCUACGUGGAACCAACAAAUGAUGAGAUCUGUGAGGCGUUCAGGAGGGACCCAAAGGGAUUUGCUGACCAGUUUCUGUAUGAAUAUUCCAGCAAUUACGGACAAGCGCCUCUGCCACUUUUAGUUGCUUACACCAAGAACUAUCUCUCUAUGGUUGGAUCCUGCUGUACUUCUGCAAGCCCAACUGUAUGCUUUUUGAAGGAGAGACUCCAGAUGAAGCAUUUGUCACUUCUCACCACGAUGUCAAACAGAGUCUGCUCACAAUAUGUUGCAUAUGGAAAGGAAAAAUCAAGGCUGAGCCAUCUCAUAAAACUAGCCCAAAAAGUGCCAACUGCUAACCUGGAGAACGUUCUGCCGCUAGCUGAAGACUUUACUGAAAUCCUGUCCAGAUGUUGUGAGUCUACCUCAGAGGAUUGCAUGGCCAGAGAGGUAAAGUGGUCCACGUCAUUCUCUCCUCUUCUACCUGACACCAGGUAUACAUUUGAACUAAGCAGAAGGACUCAAGUUCCAGAAGUGUUCCUCAGCAAAGUUCUGGAGCCAACCCUGAAAACCCUUAGGGAGUGCUGUGACACUCAGGAUUCUGUUGCCUGUUUCAGCACUCAGAGUCCCCUGCUGAAGAGUCAACUAAGUUCUUUCAUCGAAAAAGGUCAAGAAAUGUGUGCAGAUUAUUCUGAGAACACAUUUACUGAGUACAAGAAAAAAUUGGCAGAACGGCUAAGGAUAAAAACACCCAACACCUCUCCGGCAGAGCUGAAAGACAUGGUGGAGAAACACUCGGACUUUGCCUCUAAGUGCUGCUCUAUAAACUCGCCUCCUCUCUACUGCAGCUCACAGAUUGAUGCAGAAAUGAUAGACACCCUGCAGUCCUGAUCAGGGCACGUGCACUAGCUUGGAUCUUGAACUGGACCACUCUGGAAAAUUGCCACUGGUAACAAAAUCAAGCCAACACCACAGAGAUGGCCUUCCAAGAAGAUCACCAAGAUAAUUCCAUUUUUCCUAGCUACAAUGUUUUUGAAGAAUUUUAAAAAAAAAUAAAUAAAUUGAAAUAUGGUGCAAACUCGAA